AUGCAUUUUGACACAUCAAACCGACCCUCCCAGAAUCAUGGCGGGGAGAAACUAACCGGUGAAAAACCAGCUUUUCAUCGUCAGACGGCUGAGACGACCACACAAUUAAACGCAGCUUGUACAGAAAUUUGUGGGGAUUUCAGGGGCAAAUCAUGUGCUAAGAUUGUACUGGUCAGCGUUCACCAUAAGCACAGCGAACACCCACCUGUUAAUGUGUACGCCAUUCUUGACGAGCAGAGUAACAAGUCACUGGCAAAACCUGAACUUUUUGAAAUGUUUGACCCAAACAGUACUUGCGAAUCUUACAAACUCUCUACUUGCAGCGGAUCAUCUUUUGUCAGUGGCAGACGCUCUCAUGGCUUUGUGAUUAACUCGAUGGACAGACAAACUACUUUCAGUUUACCUACCUUAAUUGAAUGUAGUGCAAUACCGAACAAUCGUCACGAAAUCCCAACUUGUGAUGUAGCCAUUCAUUACCCUCAUCUUGCUCAGAUAUCGAGCUUUAUUCCACCUAUGGACCAUACGGCAAAUAUAUCACUACUGAUUGGCAGGGAUCUCUUGGGCGCACAUUAUGUCCUUGACCAGAUACGAGGUGAUCCCUCACAACCAUAUGCUCAACGGCUACCAUUAGCCUGGGUUGUCAUAGGAGAGACGUGCUUGGAUGGAAUCCAUACACCGAAAUCUGUUGAUGUUAUGAAAACCAUGUGCUCGAAUUCCAUACAACCAUCUCAAGGCAUCUGGAUACCAUGUGACCAAAAGAUGCACAUUACAGAAUGUAUUGAAAACCAGUCUGUGUUUAGAAGAACCACGACAGACAAUCAACCAUCAUUGUCAGUUGAGGACCGCUUAUUCUUGACUCAGAUGGACAGUGAUAUGAAAAAGGACUCUUCGGGGCAUUGGAGUGCUCCGCUACCCUUUAAGAGGACACGACCUACUUUACCAAACAACCGACAACAAGCUUUGGAUCGAGCAGUCAGCCUUGACAAGAGUUUGAUGAGGAACCCUCUAAAGAAAACUCAUUUUCUUGAAUUCAUGAGGAACCUUUUUGAAGCCGGUCACAUCGAGUUGGCACCACAGCUACCACCAAACACUGAGUGCUGGUACUUACCUUUGUUUGGGGUCUACCACCCCCAGAAGAGAGACAAAAUCCGCGGAGUUUUUGACUCUUCUGCGAAGUGCGACGGAGUAUCACUCAACGAUGUCCUAAUGACUGGACCAGAUUUAAUGAACAAUCUUAUUGGUGUGUUGCUAAGAUUCAGGAGAGAAUCUGUAGCAAUAGUUGCAGACAUCGAACAGAUGUUUUACAGUUUCUUAGUGGAUAUUGAACACAGACGUUACUUGAGAUUCAUUUGGCACAAAGACAAUAACUUUGACGAACCUUUGGUUGACUACCAAAUGAAAGUACAUGUUUUUGGUAAUUGUCCCUCCCCUGCGGUGGCGACCUAUGGACUACGUCGUACAGCUGACGAAGCAGAGGAACAAUAUGGCUCGGACAUGAAAGAAUUCGUGCAUCGCAAUUUCUACGUGGAUGAUGCUCUUUUCUCUCAUUCAUCUGCAGAGGAUGCAAUUGAUCUACUAAAAUUUUGUAUAUUUGAGUAG